AUGAGAGAUCUUGGGGAAGUGGCCGGUAAUGAUGUUGAGGGCCUGGAGGUAUUCUUCCUUGCUGUGGCCGAACGCGUCGGCUCCUGGGGACCUGAGGAACUUGAGAAGCUCAUCCAAGAUCAACGGGGCGAUUUCAACAAUACGGAGCGGGUAUCUGGGAGCAUUCGGCUCAGCAACGGCGUCAAAUUCGUCCCGAUAUGCAACCUCGAACGACUCAGACGUCAAAUCCAAGGAGGCGGUCGAGAUCAAGGUGGCCUUGAAGUCGGUGGCUAUGUGACCUCCGAAGGAAGACAAAUGGUCUUCCAGCAAAAUUUCAAAGAUCCGCUUAAGUUUCCGGUAGCCAGGUGGCUGCUUACCCUCGACCCCGACAUUGACCGUGUAGCGGUACAGAGUGAUGCCUGUCUUAGGGACCAGCGGGAAGUAGUUUGCCCAAAGAACCACGGGGUUACCACGCGUACCAUAGGCCGGUCUCAGGGGGAAAGCCUGGGAGAGCUUGAGAGUGUCAAGGCUCAAUCCUUUGCGUUGUUUGAUGUAGGUAUCCUCGAUCUUUUGGACCUCGGCAUCUGGUGGAGGAACAGGAUGGCCUUCGCUAUAUACCACAUCAACGCAUUAGUUCAAACGACAAGCAAGUCUCAUACCGGAGAUUGA